AUGGCAGCGAAAGAAAAACCCACUAAACCUAUUAAAGUUACGCAUGUUAUCUUUGAUUUAGAUGGAGUAAUUAUAGAGUCAGAAUCAGUUUACGAAAAGAUAGCCGCUGAGAUCGCAGAAGAGUAUGGAAAAACGUAUCCCAUAGAAGUUAGAGCUAAAGUUAUGGGCACACCAGAACCUGAAACAGCCAGGAUAAUUUGUCAAGAAUUGAAUUUACCAAUUACCCAAGAACAAUUUAUAAAAAAAUACGAAGAAAAGGUCAAGAAAUAUCUAACGAAUCCGGACUUGCUACCCGGCGUUGAAGACCUAAUCAAACAUCUACAUGCUUCAGGUAUCCCCAUGGCUGUGGCGACUUCAUCUAGAGAAGAUUUGAUGCAAAUGAAGACAAAGAAUUAUUCAAAUUUGAUGUCUUUAUUCUCUCAUGUAGUUUGUGGUAGUUCCGAUCCUGAAGUUAAACUCGGCAAACCUAAUCCGGAUAUAUUUUUGGUUUGCGCUUCACGAUUUGCUAAAAAACCGUGUCUAUGUCACGUUUUGGUAUUCGAAGAUUCCCCUAAUGGAGUCGCCGCUGCACGAACAGCUGGUAUGCAAGUGGUAAUGAUUCCAAAUCCAGACUUGCCAAAAGAUAAUCCCAUGAGAACAAAUGCUAAUCAAGUUAUUUCUACAUUUUCGGAAUUUUCUUACGAAGAUUUUGGUUUUCCACCAAGAAAAUAA